CGCGCAGUAGGAGAGAAAGGAGAAGAAAUGCAACCAACACCUGCAUCUCUCAUUGCUUCUUCAUCCUCUUCAUCAAAGCAACAGGAUGACGAUCAGCAAAGGAGAAUCAAAUGGUGCUGGCGGAGCAUCAAGCACAAAGCCAGCAUCUUAUGAGCUACCAUGGGUGGAAAAGUAUCGUCCACAAAGAUUAGAGGAUGUUGUAGGAAAUACAGCAACUAUUGAACGAUUAAAGGUCAUUCAAGAGGAUGGUAAUCUGCCGCAUUUACUCAUUUCUGGAUUACCAGGUAUUGGUAAAACGACAAGUGUUCAUGCUUUGGCACAUGCACUUUUGGGAAACGCAUACAAGGAAGCCGUACUCGAAUUAAACGCAUCUGAUGAACGUGGUAUCGAUGUAGUAAGAAAUAAGAUCAAGGGCUUUGCACAAAAGAAAGUUUCAUUACCACAAGGCCGCCACAAGAUUAUCAUCUUGGACGAAGCAGAUAGUAUGACACCUGGUGCACAACAGGCACUAAGAAGAACGAUGGAGAUUUAUUCAAACACGACUCGGUUUUGCUUCGCAUGCAAUCAAAGCAGCAAGAUUAUCGAUCCCAUUCAAAGUAGAUGUGCCAUUCUACGAUAUGGAAAGCUAUCAGAUGAAGAAGUGAUGAAACGAUUGAUCGAGGUCUGCGAAAUGGAAAACGUCCAGCACAGCAAGGAUGGAUUGGCUGCAUUGGUGUUCACAUCAGAAGGUGAUAUGCGUCAGGCAAUCAAUAAUCUACAAUCUACUUGGACAGGUCUUGGAUUCGUGUCACCCGACAAUGUUUUCAAAGUAUGUGAUCAACCUCAUCCAAUCACUAUCCGUGCUAUGCUAACUUCUUGUCACAAAGGAGAAGUGGACAAGGCGAUGGAUAAAUUGGAUGAGAUCUGGAAUCAAGGGUAUGCGGCAGUCGAUAUUGUAACGACAAUUUUCCGUGUUGUGAAAACAAUAGAUAGCAUACCCGAAGGAGUUAAACUAGAAUUCAUCAAAGAGAUCGGAUGGACACAUAUGCGCAUCUUAGAAGGCGUUUCUACACAAGUGCAAUUAGGAGGUCUACUUGCACGAUUAAGCAAGAUGCAUCACGAUCCAAAAUUGUUCGAAGUCAAAGUGUAAUAAAAUUUUCUCUUUCUCAAUACAUGUA